UUUCUCACUUUUAUACAUAGCGGCUGAAAAGAAAACACAGCAUACGGAACAGUUAAUAUAAAAAAUUUAAAGUUAUUUCUCUUAAUUUUAUGUAUUGAAUUUACUUAAUCGCCUCGGAAAUAGUAAAUAAAUAUGUACAAAUUCUUUGAUAGGAACGUGGCUCAAUUUGACCGGUAUGUUCGCGUUAAAUCAACGAAAACUGUAACUUAACCUUAGUUAAGUUCUUCUAGGUUAUGCUAUUUUCUCAACUUUAUAUCCAAAUUUGAUUCUGUAUUUAUAUUGAACUUAUUUUGCUGUGUUCAGUGCAUUGGAGCUUGCAAUCGAGGGCCCUAUUCAAGUAUGUCGCUAUCUCAAGCCGAGAAAACAUUUAUUCUACAUGGGGUUGCAGAAAAUUUCCGAGUGGAUGGCAGAGAUCGUGAAGGCUACAGACCAAUGGAACUGGAAACUGAUAUAGUUCAGCAUGCUUUUGGCUCGGCUCGACUAAGAUUGGCCAACACUGAUGUUCUGGUUGCGGUCAAAAUCGAAGUGGACACUCCCUUGCCAGAAAAGCCCUUUGAGGGAAAAAUCGAGUUCUUUGUCGAUUGUUCCGCUAAUGCCACUCCCGAUUUUGAGGGCCGUGGAGGUGAAAGUUUGGCGGUUGAACUUGCCAAUAUUUUGUCUUCCGCCUAUGAGUCACCACUAACAUUCGACCUGAGAAAACUGUGCAUUUUGAAAGGCAAAAAGUGUUGGAAGUUGUAUGUGGAUGUUUUGAUUUUAGAAUGCGGUGGAAAUCUGUUCGAUGCAGUUUCUCUAGCAGUGAAAGCUGCUCUUCAUAUAACGCAAGUGCCGAAAAUCAAAGCCGUUAAUAUUGAUGGGGACAACGUGGAAAUAGAAGUAUCCGACAAUAUAAUUGACUGCGACAGGCUUAAUGUGGAAAACCUUCCAGUUUUGGUGACUGUAUGUAAAAUAGGCAAUCACUGCAUAGUAGACCCGAGUUUAACAGAAGAACAGUGCGCCGUUGGCUCUGUAGUGGUGGCAGUUUCAAAGGAAUGUUUCAGCACCAUCACGUCGAUAGGAACCGGCUCUUUGCACGAGGAAACACUGUUUGAGUGCCUGGAUUUGGGUCACAAGGUUGCGAUUAAAUUAAACCAGACAUUAAUGGCAAUUCUCGUCCAAAUCCAACCAAAUCAAGAUGUGGGAUUUUUAAAAUAAAAAAUUCUCAUCUCA